UCUCGCUCACUCUGUCCUCUUCCCAUCGGCCUUCCCCGGCCAGGUUCCAAUCCCUACUGCUCUGUCGAUUUGAGACUUGCCUCUGACUAGCAAGCCUCCCGCCCCACCUCAUCCGCUGGAGGCCGAAUCUGUUCCCCGCCAUCCACCGGCUCGCCGACGAGGCACCAAGACUCAGCAGCAAGCUACUUGCAUGAUGGACACUGCACAGUAUGGACCUUGGUCAGAUCUUCCGCCAGAACUCCUUGGACUUGUUCUCAAGCGCCUCCCUUCCCUAGCUGACCGUGUUCGUCUAAGAGCUGUCUGCUGCCCAUGGCGCUCUAAUAGUAUGUUGCAACCCCUUCCUCUUCCAUUUCCAUGGCUCACUCUCCCCGAUGGUACUUUCCUCAGCAUUCCAAGCGGUGAGAUUCACCGCAUAUCUUUACCAGAAGGUGCGUGUUGCCAGGGCUCCAUUGGAAACUGGCUAUUCCUCAUGCACAAUGAUGAUGUGUGCUACUUGAUGAACCCUUUCUCCAACACUAGGUUGGAGCUUCCUAAGCUAGCCAAAGUAUGGAAACGUGAAAUAUUUGAUCCCGACUCUAGAUUUAGUCCAAUUUUCUACAAGUUGGUGGUGCCCUUUCCCCUUGACUCAUCUUCCUGUUCCCUUGUUGCUGCACUGAUCAUGGACAAUGGUAAUUGCGGUACACUUUGUAUUAGCAAGCCACCGAUUGUCACUGAGUCGUUCAAAGACGAUGAGCAUCCAGUUCUGGAGCUCGAGGAUGUUUCAUUCUUUGAUGGAAAGCUGUACGCGUUGUGCGGGUUUGCCCAACUUUUCAUCUUUGAAUUAGACAAGGACCUUGGUAUUUCAUUCAUGAAGUGCAUAAUUCACUCUCCGGGUGACUUGGGUGGAACACUUCAAUCCUCGUUGAGAGUGGUGUGGAUGAUAAGGCAGUAUCUGGUUGAAUGUGGCGGUAGACUGUUGAUGGUGAUACGGUGGUUUCGCUCUAUGGCCCAUCCAACAUCUGAUGACUGUUUCGAGCAUGACCGUACUAUUGAACUUGAGGUUUUUGAGGCAGAUUUGCGCACUGAACCUGUAGGAUGGAGAACAGUAAGCGAUUUGGAUGGCCAUGCGCUCUUUCUUGGCCAACAUAGCUGCAAGUCCCUGCGUGCUGGAGAAUGCACUGGAUACCAAGAGGACUGCAUCUACUUCAUGUGUGACUAUCCCUGGCCGAAGUAUUCUGCAAAUCCUCUUCGCGACGCAGGUGUUUACAACGUCAGGAAUGAGACGUUCAUGCCGCUGAUGUCAGGCACCGCAGCAGUACCACCACGUCACGCUGGCCAGUGGCGUCCGACAUGGUUUUUCCCUCCUGAAGCUGUAUGAUCAAGCCUUGUAAUCUACUGAUCCUGAGAGUAACUGUUUGGUAAUGAAUCUGAGAUUGGAGUUGGAAGGGCUUCUUCCUCACUACAACAGGUGAGUUGUUGAUGGACGGUAGAGAUUCGCAGUGUUAGUUUCUGUGUCGGUAGGCUGGUAGGUUCAGUUUGAUGAAUGUUGUGUUCUACCUGCUGGCUGUUGUUCUGUUCUGUGGUGGCUGAACUUAGUGUUCUUGUCCUAGUGUAGCGUUGUAACUGAUGUCACCUGAACUUCAAAACGCCGGGUGCUGUAUCAUCAGUUUAAUUUCAAUGAAAUUGGAGGUGUGUUCGCCUUGUGUCGAA